GCCCGCACACAGACAGCUCCAGCAGACGCCAGCUGAUCGAUCGUAAAAAGCAACGUCGUUGCCCCCAACUAAUCCGACGCUUAGCCAAGCAUUCGUUCUUCGUCGUCCCGUUGCGUGCUUGCUCUCUGCUCGUUCGGGUCGGUCGAGAUCAUGGAGUGGAGGGACAGCUUCUUGGACCUGGUGCUCAUCCCGCUCAGCCUGCUCCUCCCCAUGGCGUACCACGCCUGGCUGUGGCGCGAGGUCCGCCUCCGCCCGCUGCGCACGGCCGUCGGCAUCAACGCCGCCGCGCGCCGCGUCUGGGCCAUCGCCAUGAUGAAGGACAACGCCAAGAACGCGGUGACGGUGGUGCAGUCGGUGCGGAACGUGAUCAUGGGGUCGACGCUGAUGGCGACGACGGCGAUCCUCUUCUGCACGGGCGUGGCGGCGGUGCUGAGCAGCACCUACACCAUCAAGAAGCCGCUGAGCGACGCCGUGUUCGGCGCGCACGGCGAGUACAUGAUGGCGCUCAAGUACGUGGCGCUCAUGCUGCUCUUCCUCUUCGCCUUCCUCUGCCACUCCCUCGCCAUCUGCUUCCUCAACCAGGCCAGCUUCCUCAUCAACACCUCCGGCUGCCACUUCGCCGCCGGCGCCGACGACUCCGACUCCGACGCCUCCUCCUCCUCCCUCCCCGCCGCCGGCGGCCUCCCGCUGCCGCCCACCAGGGACUACAUCGGCGACGUCCUGGAGCGCGGCUUCACGCUCAACCUCGUCGGCAACAGGCUCUUCUACGCCGGCGUGCCCCUCCUGCUCUGGAUCUUCGGCCCGCUCCUCGCCUUCCUGUCGUCCAUGGUCAUGGUCCCCAUACUCUACAGCCUCGACGUCGUCAAUCUCAGGGGCCACAGCGGCUGCGUCGUCGUCAGCGGCAAAUCUGCCGAGAUGAACGGGAGCGACUGCACGCAUGUCGUCUGAAUCAAAUCGAUCUCGUCCAAGCAAGCAUAAGCAUGUCGUCGGAAGCUGCCGGCGGACUUGUCCUGAACAAACCAUGCAUGUGACCUGUAUAUUUGAUUCAGUUGAGACUGUUGCCGCGCGCGCAAGGGUCUGUGAUGUGAAGUCGUUUAUUUGUCGGGCUAGCCGUCGUAGCUGAUGAUGUACUAGGAAAACAAACCUUUGGUUGCAUGGAUCGAUGACAUGGAACCCAUACACAUACCCAUGCGGUGCCGGUUCGGUUGCUUUGCCUUUGCUGCUCCUGGUGCUCGACAAGUUGACAGAAGCUAAGUGUGUGGUGUGCCACUACAACACAUAUUCCUAGUUGGCUUUAUCACUUCCUA